UCCAAUUUCUGCUCAUCCCUUCUCUCCCUUCAAUUCAUUUUCUUGAAGAAAUUACAGCCAUUUCCUAUCCAAUCUGCAAGAAAAGAAAACAAAGAAAAAACAGAGAAAUGGCAGCUUUCCCUUCAUACCAAUGCCUUCUUGAUUCAACAUCAUCAGUGUUUCUGCAACCCAAUUCCCCUCCCAUUUAUAAGAUGCCCUCCGGCAGCUUCUUGGAUGAACCAAACGAUAGUUUUUCUCAGUUUUACCAAUCUGAAUCUCUUCAGGAGCUCUCCACUGUAAGCCAUGGCCUUGUCUCUCACUCUCACCACCACCACAACAAUAUUAAUGAGUUCUCUCCCUCUCCUUCUUCUUCUGUCACUAACAAACCUGAGAGUGGGGAGCAACUCACUUACCAAUCUCCUCCAUUAAUGCCCAAGAAAAGGAAAUCCAAGCAAGACUCUUCUAUGAACUCUGCUCAAUCUAAGAAUGUGAAAGAGGGUGAAGAAGGAAAGAGGCAGAGAAAAGGGGGCAAUGGUAAUGCAGUGAAAGAAGGCAAAGAGAAAAAGACCAAAGAGGACAAGAAAUGUCCUGAAGAGGCCCCUACAGGCUACAUCCAUGUGAGGGCAAGAAGGGGCCAGGCAACAGACAGCCACAGUCUUGCUGAAAGGGUAAGGAGAGAGAAAAUCAGUGAAAGGAUGAAGAUACUGCAAGGUCUUGUUCCUGGUUGUGACAAGGUUACUGGAAAGGCCCUUAUGUUAGAUGAAAUAAUCAACUAUGUCCAAUCCUUGCAAAAUCAAGUUGAGUUUCUGUCCAUGAAGCUUGCUUCAGUGAGUCCCAUGUUUUAUGACUAUGGCAUGGAUUUGGACACUCUCAUGGUUAGACCAGACCAGGAGAUGAAUAUUCAGAGGGCGAAUGGCUUGACAUUUCCAAUGCCUAAUAUGCAGCAAUGUAACCCUACCACCACACAUACCCCCUCAGCUGUGGUUUCUGACGCAAAUACUGUGUUGACAAUACCCACUUCACCUCCCAAUUGCGACGAUUUCUCUCUCUUGGACUGCCCCUCUGCACCGCCCCUCUUUCAACAACCACCCCAUAUCAUAAACAAUAACCUUUUCAAUCAGGGCAAUGGACAGCUAUUGUGGGGUGUGGAAGACCAAAGACAAAAAUUCAUUAAUCAAAACGGAUUCACCAGCAACAACUUGUGUUCAUUCCAUUAAUAUAACACAAACAGCUGACCUACAAAACAUCUGUGCAGUUUGGGAGGGUUUGAUUGUAAGCUGGAAGGAUAUAAAAGAAUCAGUCAUGGUUAUUAAGUAUUCCUUUAGUACAGUAUAAAUUCUAAUUAUGCAAGAGAUGGAAUAUUAUAUCACCUCAUCAAUAUGAUCAUGGAAAUCAAGGGCUGAGAUUGAUCCAAUUCAUGGUAUCUCUACUUAGACAAUGAAUAAAGGUCAAGAAGCAACAUCAAUGGAAGCCAAGGAGCUGAAAGAACAACUCUGAACCGACCAGGGAAGAAAAAGAGAGAAAGAGAUCCGAUCUUUUAAUGAUGUCGUCGUUAGAUCCUAAAAUACUUGUUCCUGUCCAGCCAAUAACUUGAUCAUUCAUGUUCUGUAUGUGGUGAUUAGAGAACUACAUAUAUAUUUGGUGUUGAAUUGCUGUAGAAAUAGGUGGAAAUAAGAAUGUAAAAAUUAGAGCAUGUAGUGUAAAAUUGUCAUAUAUAUUUUUACCAUGGCUGAAAUAGAGUAAAUAAUUUUGAUUUCUUAAA